CCCCGGCAUGAGGAGCGGGCGAUGAUCCCCGCCAACGCCUCCGCCAGGAAGGGGCCCGAGGGCAAGUACCCGCUGCACUACCUCGUGUGGCACAACCGCCACCGCGAGCUGGAGAAGGAGGUCCGCGCCGGCCAGGUGGACAUCGAGCAGCUGGAUCCCCGUGGGCGGACUCCCCUGCACUUGGCCACCACCCUGGGGCACCUCGAGUGUGCCCGCGUGCUCCUGGCACACGGCGCAGAUGUGGGCAGGGAGAAUCGCAGCGGCUGGACAGUGCUUCAGGAAGCUGUGAGUACCCGGGACCUGGAGCUGGUGCAGCUGGUGCUGCGGUACCGGGACUACCAGCGGGUGGUGAAGCGGCUGGCAGGCAUCCCUGUGCUCCUGGAGAAGCUGCGCAAGGCCCAGGACUUCUACGUGGAGAUGAAAUGGGAGUUCACUAGCUGGGUGCCCCUGGUGUCCAAGAUCUGCCCCAGUGACACCUACAAAGUGUGGAAGAGUGGGCAGAACCUUCGGGUAGACACCACACUUCUGGGCUUUGACCACAUGACGUGGCAGCGAGGGAACCGCAGCUUUGUCUUCAGGGGCCAAGACACGAGCGCCGUGGUCAUGGAGAUUGACCACGACCGCCGGGUGGUGUACACAGAGACCCUGGCUCUGGCCGGGCAGGACCGUGAGCUACUGCUGGCUGCUGCCCAGCCCACCGAGGAGCAGGUGCUGAGCCGGCUCACCGCACCCGUCGUCACCACGCAGCUCGACACCAAGAACAUCUCCUUUGAGAGGAACAAGACCGGCAUCCUGGGCUGGCGCAGCGAGAAGACCGAGAUGGUGAAUGGGUAUGAAGCCAAGGUAUAUGGGGCAUCCAAUGUGGAGCUCAUCACCCGGACACGGACAGAGCAUCUUUCAGAACAGCACAAGGGCAAGGUCAAAGGCUGUAAGACACCUCUGCAGUCCUUCCUGGGAAUUGCUGAGCAGCAUGGGGGCCCCCAAAAUGGGACCCUGAUCACUCAGACUCUGAGCCAAGCCAACCCCACUGCCAUCACCGCAGAAGAGUACUUCAAUCCCAACUUUGAGCUUGGCAACCGUGACAUGGGCCGACCCAUGGAACUGACCACCAAGACACAGAAGUUCAAGGCCAAGCUGUGGCUGUGUGAGGAGCAUCCCCUGUCCCUGUGUGAGCAGGUGGCCCCCAUCAUUGACCUCAUGGCCGUCAGCAAUGCACUUUUCGCCAAGCUCCGGGAUUUCAUUACCCUGCGCCUGCCUCCGGGAUUCCCUGUCAAGAUUGAAAUCCCGAUUUUCCACAUCCUCAAUGCCCGCAUCACCUUCGGGAACCUCAAUGGCUGCGAUGAGCCGGUGCCGUUGGUGCGAGGCAGCCCCAGCAGCGAGACCCCUUCCCCAGGCAGUGACUCCUCCAGUGUCAGCAGCUCCAGUUCCACGAGUGAGACCCUGUCCUGCCCUGAGCCCGCCCUCACUUCCCCUCCCCACCGAGCACUUCCCCGGGAGUGGCCGGGAGGGGAGGUCUGGUCCACUCUGACCCACAGCCCGGCGCCCCCAGCCUCGUGCCGUGGCUGCGAGAUCUCCCCCACUUUGUUCGAGGCCCCACGCGGCUACAGCGUGCUGGGCGGCCAGCGAGAGGCCACCACCCGCGAUGACGAUGACGACCUGCUGCAAUUCGCCAUCCAGCAGAGCCUGCUUGAGGCGGGCAGUGAGUAUGACCAGGUCACCAUCUGGGAGGCGCUAACGAACAGCAAACCGGGCACUCACCCCAUGUCCUACGAGGGUCGCCGAAAGGACAGGAGCGCUCCGCCCACGCCGCAGCGCCAGUCCACAACCCCCGCGGGCCUGGCGUCGGUCCCCAGCCCUCGGCCCAGCCCACGCCCAGGCCAAGGCGGCCACGUGUUCCGGAGCUACGAUGAGCAGCUGCGGCUGGCCAUGGAGCUGUCUGCGCAGGAGCAGGAGGAGCGGCGGCGGCGCGCGCGCCAGGAGGAGGAGGAGCUGGAGCGCAUCCUGCGGCUCUCUCUGACUGAGCAGUAGCGCCCUCUGCCGGGCCCCUUGGCCACGCCCCGCGGGACCCGCCCCGGAGCGAGAGUCGCCCGUCCUGCGCGCUCGCCUAGCUGAGUCUGGAGACCCGAACCGCCGCCUCGGGGGCGUAGCGGUGCACCCGGCACCAGAUGGGGAGGGGUUCGGCCCGGCCGUGGGGUACCUUCCUGGAGGCAGCUGGCACGGCCCGGCUCCCCUGCUUUGCUGUAUCCUGACCCCACCCCACUCCCCUGGGCUCUGACCGGUCCAAGGGCGGAGCCAGGCCGUUUGAGGGGGAGACGGUCCUUAGAGGAGCACUGUCCCCAUCCCUUGCUCCUU